AGGCUUGAGUCAACUACAUGAUGAUUGGCCUUAUUGUUCUCACACUCCUGGGCGCUGCAGCUGCAGCCCCUGCAGAUGACAGGAUUGUAGGUGGCUACACUUGUGAAGCCCACUCCAAACCCUGGCAGGUGUCUCUCAAUAUUGGCUACCAUUUCUGCGGCGGCUCCCUCAUCAGUGACCAGUGGAUCGUCUCUGCUGCUCACUGCUGGCAAAAGUUUAUUGUAGUCUUGGGUGACAACCACCUCUGGAUACACGAGGGCACGGAGCAGUACAUGUCAGUGGAUGCCAUCUACUGGCAUGAGAGUUAUGACUACAUGACCCUGGACUAUGACAUCAUGCUGAUGAGGCUGGCACAUCCCGUCACCGUGAACCAAUACGUCAAGCCUGUUGCCCUGCCCAAAGCCUGCCCCGUACCUGGGGAAAUGUGCACGGUGUCCGGAUGGGGGAACAUCUACACUGAUCAAGUGUUCAACCCAUUUUACCUCCAGUGUGUGGAAGUGCCAAUUCUGUCUAAAGAGGAUUGUGAGCGUUCCUACCCUGGCAAGAUCACUGACCACAUGGUGUGCGCUGGAUACCUGGAGGGGGGCAAGGAUGCUUGUCAGGGGGACUCUGGUGGUCCUCUGGUGUGUAAUGGGGAGCUGCAAGGUGUUGUCUCCUGGGGCCAGGGCUGCGCUCAGCCUAACUACCCGGGCGUUUACACCAAAGUCUGCUCUCUGAUGCCCUGGAUCAACAACAUUCUCUCCAUGUACAGCUAG